UUAUGUGACGUCAUAAAUAUACAGUGCAAUAUUAGAACCAGUAGUCAGUCAAAGCUUCCCGUUCAAGAACUGGUGGUUCGAGGGAAAGAGAUAGAGACAGUUCUAAGAGGAGAUCGCCAUUUUUAGUUGCCUAGAAGCCACACGUAGCUACUGGUGUUUAUUUAAUUCAGCAUUUUGGAUCGCAUAAUCACAACUUUUAUAAAUUCAUUUAUAUAAUCUAUGCUGAUAUCAAGUAUCAACUAACGGAAAUCUCAAUUCAGUUAUCAAUCUUGAUUACUUGCAAAAAAAAAAAGAAAAUGUCUUCACCAGUAACAACACAACCUGCGGCAUCAGAUUCAAAAGACAACGAGCAACCUCCGCCCGGAUACGGACCACCACCGCCUGGGUAUGGACCUCCUCCAUCAGGAUACGGACAACCACCGCCAGUUGGCUACGCACCGCCACCCGGCGGUUACGCACCUCCACAGGGCGGCUACGCUCCUCCACCGGGCGGUUACGCACCACCACCGGGCGGUUACGCACCACCACCGGGCGGUUACGCACCACCACCCGGCGGUUAUGCACCCCAACCCGGAGGAUAUGGACCACAACCGGGAGCUCAAGGGUCGCAACAGUGGAUGACCAGGCCGACAGUUAGUAAUUGUCCACCUGGUUUAGAAUACUUGACAAUGAUUGACCAAAUUUUGGUGAAGCAGCAAGUAGAACUUCUAGAAGUAGUAAGUGGUUUCGAAUGUGCUAACAAAUAUAUUAUAGUCAAUUCAGUUGGACAACAAGUAUAUUUUGCUGGCGAAGAGUCUAGUUUAUGCAUGCGUCAAUGCUGCGGCAGUGCACGAGGUUUUGUGAUGCACAUAUCCGAUAAUAUGGCACAAGAAAUUAUGAGAAUAACUAGAGAAUUCAAGUGCUGCGCUGGAUGUUGUUGGUGCGCUUGUUGCGAAGGUUGUGCUUUAGAAGUAACAGUAGAAGCUCCUGUCGGUCAAGUAGUUGGCAAAGUAAAACAGACUUGUAGCUUCUUACAACCCCUGUUCGACAUUACCACACCCGAUGAUGAUGUUGUUUUUCGAAUCAAAGGACCCGUCUGUAUUUGCGAUGGCCCUUGCUGUAUGCAAGAUCAAAAAUUUAAAGUUUACGAUCAUGAUGAAUCGAAUCAUAUAGGAACGAUCAGUAAACAGUAUUCUGGGUUUGUCCAUGAAAUGGUAACAGCCGCAGACAAUUUUGGAGUUACAUUUCCAAUGGAUCUAGAUGUCAAAAUGAAAGCAACAAUGAUGGGUGCAGUUUUUCUAAUAGAUUUCAUGUUCUUCGAAAAUAAGAACAAGAAAGAUCAUGAUUAAGGACAUUCAUACUGAUGGAAUUUAUCUCUCUCUCUCUAUAUAUAUAUAUAUGUUC